CGGCCGCAGGAGGCGGAGGCAGCGAGCAGCCGGGGCCGAAGCAGAGGCCGGGCCGGGCCUCGCCAUCCAGCCGCGCUGCCACCCGGGACGCUGGCAGGAUCAAGAAUUUGGAGCCGUUGGCUGUCAGAUCCUGGCUGUUGUUGAACCUGGGGCACCUCCCAGGGUUAAUCUCCCAUCAUGUUUCACCUGAUGAAAAAGGACAGAGAUGGGUCCCGAAGGGAGAAGAAAGAGAAGAAGGAGAAGAAGGAGCGGAUGUCAGCUGCCGAGCUGAAGAGCCUGGAGGAGAUGAGUAUGCGCCGGGGCUUUUUCAACCUCAACCGCUCCUCCAAGAGGGACGCAAAGAACCGGCUGGAGAUCUCCAACCCCAUCCCCAUCAAGGUGGCCAGCGGCUCUGACCUUCAGCUGACUGACAUUGACUCAGACAGCAACCGGGGGAGCGUGAUCCUUGAUUCUGGUCAUCUCAGCACGGCCAGCUCCAGCGACGACCUCAAGGUGGAUGAUGGCAACUUCAAGGGUUCCGUGCUGCAGCGGGCAGCCAAGUUCGGCUCUCUGGCCAAGCAGAACUCGCAGAUGAUCGUCAAGAGGUUCUCCUUCUCGCAGAAGAGCCGCGAUGAAAGCACCUCAGAGACAUCCACCCCUUCCGAGCACUCGGCUGCCCCUUCCCCGCAGGUGGAGAUGCGGACACUUGAGAUGCAGCUGGCCAAGCAAGCCGUACCACCUGGGCCCCCGCGUGUCCCUUCCGCCUCACGGACCAGGCUGCCCGAGGUGGUCAGCAAGCGGUUCCCCGCUGAGCUGAAGCUCCCCGUGGUGGUUCCCCCUCAGCCCCCUGUGCCCAGGCAACUGGAGCUGCAGCGGCGCAACACCGGCGACUUUGGCUUCUCGCUGCGCCGCACCACCAUGCUGGACAGGGCUGCUGACGGGCAGGUGUACAGGCGGGUAGUGCACUUCGCUGAACCGGGUGCCGGGACCAAAGACCUGGCCCUUGGCUUGGUGCCAGGCGACCGGCUGGUGGAGAUCAAUGGGCGCAACGUGGAAAACAAGUCCCGGGAUGAGAUUGUGGAGAUGAUCCGGCAGUCGGGGGAGACAGUACGCCUGAAAGUGCAGCCCAUCCUAGAGCUGAGUGAGCUGAGCCACUGCUGGCUGAGGAGCGGGGAGGGCGUUCACCAAGCAGCCUUUGAUGCCAAGACGGAGGAACAAAUUGCAGCCGAGGAGGCCUGGUAUGAGACGGAUAAAGUGUGGCUGGUCCACAAGGAUGGCUUCUCCUUAGCAAGCCAGCUGAAGACUGAUGCUGCCGGCCUUCUGCCCGAGGGGAAAGUCAAGGUGAAACUGGACUACGAUGGAGCUCAGCUCGAGGUGGAUGAAGAUGACGUGGAAAAGGCCAACCCGCCGUCGUGCGACCGCGUGGAGGACCUGGCCAGCCUUGUGUAUCUCAAUGAGUCGAGCGUCCUGCACACGCUCCGCCAGCGCUAUGGCGGGAACCUCAUUCACACCUACGCUGGGCCCAACAUGGUGGUCAUCAACCCUCUCAGCUCUCCAUCCAUGUACUCCGAGAAGGUGAUGCACAUGUUCAAGGGCUGCCGCAAGGAGGACACCUCCCCCCACAUCUACGCCGUGGCCCAGGCCGCCUACCGGAACAUGCUCAUGAGCCGCCAGGACCAGUCCAUCAUUCUGCUGGGGAGCAGCAGCAGUGGAAAGACCACCAAUUGCCAGCACCUGGUCCAGUACUUGGCCACAGUUGCUGGCAGCUCCGGGAAGGUCUUCUCAGCGGAGAAGUGGCAAGCACUGUACACCAUCCUGGAGGCCUUUGGCAACAGCGGCACGAGCCUCAACGCCAAUGCCACCCGCUUCUCACAGAUAAUCUCGCUGGACUUCGACCAGGCUGGGCAGGUGGCCUCUGCCUCCGUGCAGACAAUGCUGCUGGAGAAACUCAGGGUUGCCAAGCGCCCCGCGAAUGAGGCCACCUUCAACGUGUUCUACUACUUGCUGGCCUGUUCGGACAGUGCCCUCCGGACAGAGCUUCAUUUCAACCACUUGGCAGAAAACAGCGUCUUUGGGAUUGUGCCUCUGUCAAAGCCGGAGGAGAAGCAGAAGGCCGCCCAGCAGUUCAGCAAGCUCCAGGCAGCCAUGAAAGUGAUGGGCAUCUCCAGUGAUGAGCAGAAAGCCUUCUGGCUUGUCCUGGGGGCCGUUUAUCACUUGGGGGCUGCAGGAGCCACCAAAGACGGCGACGAAGCUGGGAGGAAGCAGUUUGCUCGCCACGAGUGGGCCCAGAAAGCAGCCUACCUGCUGGGCUGCACACUGGAAGAGCUCUCCUCAUCCAUCUUCAAGCAUCAGCCCAAAGGGACCCUGCAAAGAUCCACCUCCUUCCGCCAGGGGCCGGAGGAAUCUGCCUUGGCAGAUGGCUCAGGCCCAAAGACGACUGCUCUGGAGUGCUUGGAGGCCCUCGCCUCAGGCCUGUACUCUGAACUCUUCACGCUGCUCAUCUCACUCCUCAACAGGGCCCUCAAGUCCAGCCAGCGGUCCUUGUGUUCCAUGAUGAUUGUGGACACCCCCGGCUUCCAGAACCCCGAGAUGGCUGGCCAGAGCCGCGGGGCCACCUUCGAAGAGCUGUGCCACAACUAUGCCCAGGAGCGACUGCAGACCCUCUUCCACGAGCGCACUUUUGUGCAGGAGCUGGAGAGAUACAAGGAGGAAAACAUAGACCUUUCCUUAGAUGCCUUAGAGCCUAAUACAUCUGGGUCUAUAGCCACAGUAGACCAAGCGUCCCACCAGGCACUGGUCCGCUCCCUGGCCCGGACCGACGAGGCCCGUGGCCUGCUGUGGUUGCUGGAGGAGGAGUCGCUGCAGCCUGGAGGCAACGAGGACACUUUGCUGGAGCGGCUGUUCACCUACUAUGGCCCACAGGACGGAGACAAGAAAGGGCACAACCCGCUGCUCCGAAGCAGUAGGCCACGGCACUUCUUCCUGGGGCACAGCUAUGGCACCAACUGGGUGGAAUAUGACACCACAGGCUGGCUGAACUAUGUCAGGCAGAAUCCUGCAUCCCAGAACACCUUGACUCUCCUGCAGGAGUCUCAGAAGAAAAUAAUCAGCAGCCUCUUCGCAGGCCGAGCUGGGACAGGAAUGGUGCUGUCCGGGUCCAUCGCUGGCCUGGAAGGAGGCUCUCAGCUGGCUUUGCGCAGGGCCACAAGCAUGCGGAAGACCUUCACCACGGGCGUGGCAGCCGUGAAGAAGAAGUCGGUCUGCAUCCAGAUCAAGCUGCAAGUGGACGCGCUGAUCGACACCCUCAAGAAGUCCAAGCUCCACUUUGUGCACUGCUUCCUGCCCAAGGCGGACAGCUGGAGCGGGGACUCCAGAGGGCUAUGCACGCGGAGAGUGAGCACCAGCGAGCUGGACCUGCAUGGGGAGCACUGCGAGGCUGGCCUCAUGCAGCUGGACAUACCCCUGCUGAGGGCCCAGAUCCGGGGCUCCCGGCUCCUCGAUGCCCUUCGGAUGUACCGCCAAGGCUAUCCUGACCACAUGGUCUUUGCAGAGUUCCGGCGGCGCUUUGACAUCCUGGCCCCUCACCUGACCAAGAAGCACGGGCGCAAUUACAUCGUCACAGACGAGAGGCGGGCUGUGGAGGAGCUCCUGGAGUCGCUGGAACUGGAGAAGAGCAGCUUCCACAUGGGCUUGAGCCGGGUGUUUUUCCGGGCAGGGACACUGCCCAAGCUGGAGGAGCAGCGGGACAAGCAGAUGAGCAGGAACUUCACGCUUUUCCAGGCAGCCUGUCGGGGCUUCCUUGCACGCCAGCAGUUCAAGAAGAGAAAGAUCCAAGACCUGGCCAUCCGCUGCGUGCAGAAGAACAUCAAGAAGAACAAGGGGGUGAAGAACUGGCCCUGGUGGAAACUCUUCACCACCGUCAGGCCUCUCAUCGAAGUUCAGCUCACAGAGGACCAGAUCAGGGGCAAAGAUGAGGAAAUCCAGCAGCUGAAGAGCCGGCUGGAGAAGGUGGAGAAGGAGAGGAACGAACUGCGACUCAGCAGCGACCGCCUGGAGAGCAAGAUCUCGGAGCUGAGCUCAGAACUGACCGACGAGAGGAACACGGGAGAAUCCGCUUCCCAGCUCCUGGACGCUGAGACGGCAGAGCGGCUGCGAGCAGAGAAGGACAUGAAAGAUCUGCAGGCCAAGUAUGAUGCUCUUAAGAAGCAGAUGGACUCCAUGGAGAUGGAGGUGAUGGAGGCCCGUCUCAUCCGGGCCGCUGAGCUCAACGGCGAGAUGGACGACGAUGACUCAGGUGGCGAGUGGCGCCUGAAGUACGAGCGCGCCGUCCGCGAGAUCGAUUUCACCAAGAAGCGCCUGCAGCAGGAGUUUGAGGACAAGCUGGAGGUGGAGCAGCAGGGCAAGAGGCAGCUGGAGCGACGGCUGACCGACUUGCAAGCGGACAGCGAGGAGAGCCAGCGUGCCCUGCAGACGCUGAAGAAGAAGUGCCAGCGGCUGACGGCUGAGCUGCAGGACACCAAGCUGCACUUGGAAGGCCAGCAAGGCCGCAAUCACGAGCUGGAGAAGAAGCAGCGCAGGUUUGACAGCGAGCUCUCACAGGCCCACGAAGAGGCCCAUCGCGAGAAGUUGGGCCGGGAGAAGCUGGGGCGCGAGAAGGACAUGCUCAUCGCCGAGGUGUUCAGCCUUAAGCAGCAGCUUGAGGAGAAGGAGUCCAGCAUCACCAGCGUCACCCAGAAGGUGGAGUCCCUGGAGGCCGAGCUGCAGGACCUCUCCUCCCAGGAGUCCAAGGAUGAGGCGUCUCUGGCCAAGGUCCGGAAGCAGCUCCGGGACCUGGAGGCCAAGGCCAAAGACCAGGAGGAGGAGCUGGACGAGCAGGCAGGCACCAUCCAGAUGCUGGAGCAGGCAAAACUCCGGUUGGAGAUGGAGAUGGAGAGGCUGCGGCAGACACACUCCAAGGAAGUGGAGAGCCGUGAUGAGGAGGUGGAGGAGAUCAGGCAGUCCUGCCAGAAGAAGCUGAAGCAGAUGGAGAUGCAGCUGGAGGAGGAGUACGAGGAGAAGCAGAAGGUGCUGCGGGAGAAGAGGGACCUGGAAGGGAAACUGUCGGCUGUCAGCGACCAGGUCAGCCAGCGGGACUUUGAGACGGAGAAGCGGCUGCGCAAGGAUCUGAAGCGUACCAAGGCCCUCCUGUCCGACGCUCAGGUCAUGCUUGACCACCUGAAGCACAAUGCGCCCAGCAAGCGGGAGAUUGCACAGCUGAAGAACCAGUUGGAGGAGUCAGAGUUCACGUGUGCAGCUGCUGUCAAGGCUCGCAAGUCCAUGGAGGUGGAGAUCGAGGACCUGCACCUGCAGAUAGAUGACCUAUCCAAGGCCAAGGGAGCGCUGGAAGAGCAGAUGAGCCGUUUGCAGCGGGAGAAGAACGAGGUGCAGAGCCGCCUGGAAGAGGAUCAGGAGGACAUGAACGAGCUCAUGAAGAAGCACAAGGCGGCUGUCGCUCAGGCCUCCCGGGACCUGGCCCAGAUCAAUGACCUUCAGUCGCAGCUGGAGGAAGCCCACAAAGAGAAGCAGGAGCUCCAGGAGAAGCUACAAGGCCUCCAGAGCCAGCUGGAGUUUGUCGAGCAGUCCAUGGUAGACAAGUCCCUGGUCAGCAGGCAGGAGGCCAAGAUCCGUGAGUUGGAGACGCGGCUGGAGUUCGAGAGGACGCAAGUGAAGCGCCUCGAGAGCUUGGCCACCCGCCUGAAGGAGAACAUGGAGAAGCUGACGGAGGAGCGCGACCAGCGCACGGCAGCUGAGAACAGGGAGGAGCAGAACAAGCGGUUGCAGCGCCAGCUGCGGGACACCAAGGAGGAGAUGGCUGAGCUGGCGAAGAAGGAGGCAGAGGCCAGCCGCAAGAAGCACGAACUGGAGAUGGACCUGGAGAGCUUAGAAGCUGCGAACCAGAGCUUGCAGUCAGACCUGAAGCUGGCCUUCAAGCGGAUCGGUGACCUGCAGGCUGCCAUCGAGGACGAGAUGGAGAGUGACGAGAACGAGGAACUCAUCAACAGUUUGCAGGACAUGGUGACAAAGUUCCAGAAACGCAGGAAUAAGCUUGAGGGCGACUCGGACGUCGAUUCUGAGCUUGAGGACCGUGUGGAUGGUGUCAAAUCAUGGCUGUCCAAGAACAAGGGGUCUUCGAAGACGGUCUCUGAGGACGGCAGCCUGAAGAGCAGCAGCCCCCCCGGCUAUCGGAAAUCAUUCACCUACGACAAGUCAGACGAGGAGCGAGACACUUUUGACGGCGCCCACAGGUCCAAGCACUCCCGGAGCUACCUGAGUGACAGCGACUCGGAGAGCAAGCCGGCAGAGACCACAGCGUAGCCCCAGGCAGGAGCAGGGCAGGCGGGCAGGCAGGCCGUGCGUCUCCCGACCCUCUCGCUCUGUGGUUGGGCAUGCCGGGCGCAAACGGGGGGCCUCUCUUCAGCACCAGCCUCCAGCCAGCGCGCUUCCAGGUAGUCUCUUGCCCCUGCCGCCAGCUUGGGGGUGCCGCACGACCAUCGUCCUCUUGCAUGGGAGAGAAAGGCAAGGACUCUUGAGAGGCCACUUGUUCCUUGCGGCGAAGAGGUGGGCUGGGGGUGGGCGGCCUGGCCACCUUGCUCAGCUGCAGGGAGCCCCACCCCCCACCCGCCACUGCAGCCGGGCUGACCUGCGUGUGGGCCAGAGGGAUUUUGCGCUCCUGCCAAGCUUGCCUCCGGUGGCCCCAUUUGUGGCUGCAGGACUGUUCCGCGGACAGCAGAGGAUGCCAGCCUCCUCCUCGCUUCCUCUGUGUGCGUGCAUGAAGGUGUUGGCGGGGGAGCCCUUCUCAACACAGUGCCUGCCCAUCUUACAUUAUAAUUUAAAUCCAUUCUGACCUUUGUGUGAUGUCCAAAGAAAUGAGAAACACCCCCCCUUUUAUUCGAAACGUUUUUUAGAAAAAUAGUUGAGCCGAAAAACACAGAUGCACUCUCUGUCUUCUGCCUCCCAACCACGGGAGUAAAACCCACCCGCCCUCUAGCUCAAGUCUUUUGAGCACGCACAGCUCAUGCCUUGCAUGCUGGCACACAAAGCCACGUCAUUUCCAUGCCCGCAUUUUCUUGGGGGGUGGGCACAGGGUGGUGGUUGUUCUGCCACACCUUCUGAGCACCCCUGAGAGGCUCCCUACCUCCAGGAAUGCUUUUGUUUUUAAAAGAAAGAGCGGAAUGUAUCCUCUCUGCCUUCUGCCGUCUCCAACCACACACGCUGUCUUUGCGCAGGAGGUCACAGGUCCCACCCCUUCUGGUAACCAAAAUGGCUCAAUCGUCCGUCCCCCCCCCCUCCGGCUUGAUCCAUAUUUUAUCGCUCAUUUUUCACUGCUGUUGGUCCUCCGGCAGACUUCCAAAGGAGCCUCUUUGCAUUUUAGCUUCCCCAAACACCCUUUGCUUCCCUGGCCAGGAGCCCCCACUGCCCCCCCAGCCCCAACACUCACCUAUAACCCUUGCUAAGUUAUACACAAGACUGGACUCUUUGUGGGUGGGGGGGGGGUGGAGAGCUGGGGGCGUCCCACACUGCCAAGCUCCUCUCUCUCUUGUCUGGGUUUGGUUUCUAUUAUUACUAUUUUUUGCACUACUUCAGUUGUGCGUUUGAUUUUUUUCUAAUUUUAUUUUUGGUUCCCUUCCCCUCCCUCGUCUGUCGACUUUAAAUAAAAUAAAUGUCAUUUAUGGGUAGUGUAAACUCCUCUG